UGCCCCUUGGAAAAUGGCUUGCUAUUGGGAAUACAUCACGCUAUUCAUUUGGAAGAAUAUUCCUUAGAUGACAUGGACAUGCUUUCUGCAGCUUGAGGAAAAAAAGAACAAGUGGCUAUGUUUUGCAAACAUGAAGAUGAGUCUGAAUGUUGGAUUAAGAAAAAGAUUAAGAGAUGGCUUUGUGGAAAUCUUCUGCUCAGGACUUCAUUACUCUGUGCCCUCCUGUCAUUAUGGAAACCAACCAUCCACCUACGGGGUGAUGGCAGGCAUCAAACCUUCAACUCCAGAGAUGCUGUCGGCAAGUCUCUCCCAGACUCGCAUCUUACAGACGUGCAGCAUGCCCCAUCCCAACGUGGUAAACAGUGUCAGCACCUUGCAAAGUAGUCUGACCCCUUGCCUUUAUAAAUUCCCGGAGCACGCCCUGAGUGCCAGCUCCUGUGCCCUGGGCCACGGCUUCACUCCCAUGCACCAGUCCCUCCUCACAGAUGAUCCCACCGGCACGGACUUCAAGCAGGAGUUCCGCAGGAAAAGCAAGUCCGUGGAAGACCCCGUCGACAUGGACUCCCCUGAGAUCAGGGAGCUGGAGAAAUUUGCCAACGAAUUUAAGCUGCGGAGAAUUAAGCUGGGUUACACACAAACCAACGUUGGAGAAGCACUGGCUGCUGUGCACGGCUCUGAAUUCAGCCAAACAACCAUUUGCAGGUUUGAAAACUUGCAGCUGAGUUUCAAGAACGCCUGCAAACUGAAAUCCAUACUGUCCAAGUGGCUGGAGGAAGCAGAACAAGUAGGAGCUUUAUAUAAUGAAAAAGUUGGAGUGAAUGAGCGGAAGAGGAAGCGCAGAACCACCAUAAGUAUCGCUGCCAAAGAAGCCCUAGAGAGGCACUUUGGAGAACAAAGCAAACCUUCUUCUCAAGAAAUUAUGAGGAUGGCCGAGGGGCUCAACCUCGAGAAAGAAGUCGUAAGAGUUUGGUUUUGCAACAGAAGACAAAGGGAAAAAAGAGUGAAGACGAGUUUACACCAGAACACCUUCAGUUCUAUUAUCAAGGAACACCAUGAAUGCCGGUAAAGCUUUUCCAUGUAUAGAUGUGGAUUUCUGUUUUGCUUUCUGUAAAUACUGUAAAUGCUAUGU